AAUGCAAAACUACUAUUUUUGGGCAAACAAAUGAAAAACGCAUCAGUUUUGGUCAUAUUUUUGCCAAAUGAUGUCAGGGUUGUACUCUUGGAUUUAGCAAGCCACAAUGAAAGCAAGUUUUGGUAUGCGCGCGCAUCCGCUGCAGCUGUUUGUAGUCUUUUGUCAGAUUACGUAUCCACGAAGUAUUUUUAUUUAUGUCACUCGAAUGGGCCAAAAAUUCGUAAAAACAAGACGAUGGCCCGUAUUGGUCGAAAUUCCCCGACUCGUGCCGUUGUAGAGAUACCGUGUUGUGACCAUGUGUGAAUCAAUGUUUUAUUUGAGUUCAUGAUAUUCAUUUUUGGAUCCGGUUGUGAUAGAUGGAGGACAACAAUGGAGCUAAAUCGCGGGCUCGUUCAAACUCCGCCAGAGUUUUGCUCUUCGACGACGUCGGACAGGCCCACGACAGGACCAAGGGGCCUCCGAUAGCCCCCGGACCCCCCAACAAGCAUGCACAACCAGAUCAUCAGUCGACACCUUCGAAUUUGGUCCGAAUAAGUUCAGCUCUGGGUAAAUCGGCUCCUUCAUUGUCGGUUAAUAUGAAGGAUGUGAAUGUGGGGCGUCGAAAUAGCCGUCCUGCUGCAGUUCAUCGGUUAAGUUUUGUAGCAAAUACUUCGCCUGUACUACCACGAUCUCAGUCACCUAUAUGUGGCAGUCCUAUUGAUAGUCCCCGGACACAUAAUAGUUUUAUAAACUUUCCCUUCGCGCCGAUAAAGAGCGCUUCUUUUAGAAUCGUUGCUGGAUGUCGAGGAGAUGGGAGGAGGUGGUCAGUUGCGUCAUUACCAUCGUCGGGUUAUGGGACUACACCUGGUAGUUCCAACAUGUCGUCGAAAUGUUCAAGUCAGGAAAGACUGCAUCAAUUACCACAUGUACCUACGUCCGAUGAUAUGAGGAUUUUGACUCAUCAUUUCUCCAGUAAUGAAAGUAAUCCUUCAUUAUCGGCAGGGAAUUAUGAGGAGAAUCCCAUAAGUCAUCGGUCUCCAUUACACAGACCAAGAUCUAGAAGUCUCAGUAGCCCUAGCAGAUCUCCUGUCAUGGACAACGAAAUUUGCAUGAUGAACGUUUUAUACAAAGAAAGAUUUCCGAAAGCUACACAACAAAUGGAGGAACGUCUGAAUCACUACAUCGAAGAAAAUAAAACGUUCGAUUUUGGUGAAGAUUGUGAUUAUCUUCCUAUAGUACGUUUUGUUCAUCACCAAGUGUUGGAAAUGGCUCGCGAUUGCUUACACAAAUCACAGUCAAAAUUAAUCACAAGUCGGUAUUUCUAUGAAAUGUCGGAAAAUCUAGAAAGACUAUUAACUGAAACAAAAGAUAAGUCUGAAGAAGCUGCUAAUCUAGUCACCGGUUUUAUAAAAAAGUUGCUGCUAAUUAUUUCGCGUCCGGCUCGUUUAUUAGAAUGUUUAGAAUUUGAUCCAGAGGAGUUUUACCAUUUUUUAGAGGCCGCGGAAGGCCAAGUUAAGGUUGUGCAAGGUAUCAAAGCAGAUAUACCUCAGUACAUAAUCCAAAAGCUCGGCCUCAAUAGAGACCCUAUAGCCGAGCUUCAGGAAGAACUCCGUGAUUGUAAUUGGUCCUCGAACCAAUCUUCCCGUUCGUCAGUUUGUUUGACUUCAACCCCUAGUACAAAAAAGUCCCUCUCUAAUCCCAACGAACAGGAUUUCGAAGUUGUUAAAUUAAUCUCAAACGGUGCUUACGGUGCUGUUUAUUUAGUCAAACAUAAACAGACCCGUCAAAGAUUUGCUAUGAAAAAAAUUAACAAAAACAACCUAAUCCUGCGGAACCAAGUCGAGCAGGUUUUUGCUGAACGUGAUAUACUCAGUUUUGCUGAUAAUCCGUUUGUUGUCAGUAUGUACUGUAGCUUUGAAACAAGAAAACAUUUAUGUUUAGUCAUGGAGUAUGUAGAAGGCGGCGAUUGCGCUAGUUUACUUAAAAAUAUAGGACCACUGCCUUCAGAUAUGGCGAGAUUUUACUUUGCGGAAACUGUUCUCGCUGUUGAAUAUUUACACAGUUAUGGCAUAGUACACAGGGAUUUAAAACCGGAUAAUUUGUUAAUUACGGCACUCGGACAUAUUAAAUUAACCGAUUUUGGGUUAAGCAAAAUGGGCUUAAUGUCCUUGGCCACAAAUUUAUAUGAGGGGUAUGUCGAUACCGAAGCUCGUCAAUUUUCCGACAAACAAGUUUUUGGUACCCCUGAAUACAUUGCACCUGAAGUAAUAUUGAGACAAGGAUAUGGCAAGCCUGUUGACUGGUGGUCGAUGGGUAUUAUUCUCUACGAGUUUCUGGUAGGUUGUGUCCCUUUCUUUGGUGACACACCUGAGGAGCUUUUCGCUCAUACUGUUCAAGAUGAUAUUGAAUGGCCGGAUAAUGAGGAUUGGCCGGUUCAGGAAGAAGCAAAAGAUCUCAUUACAGCCCUGUUGCAACAUUCCCCACGUGAUAGAUUAGGUACAGGUGGUGCUCACGAAGUCAAAGAACACGUCUAUUUCAGCGGUCUAGAUUGGAAUUCGUUACUGAGGCAAAAAGCCGAAUUUGUUCCCCAGUUGGAACAUGACGAAGAUACGAGUUAUUUUGAUAGCCGCAUUGAUAGAUACAACCACGAACUUGAGGACGAUACCGAUGAUACGGACGACUCGCCUGUAUUCGGUUUAUUCUCUUCAUGUUCCCCUCAGUAUCGCAAAGCCAACGUAUCGAAAUUAUCAAGUUCGGACCCCGACAACUCCUCCGACGGAAUUAAAAUAAACACAACUGUUACAACACCUGACACUCCCGAUGUCCCCGACUUCAAAUUACGUCCAAGAGCUCCAAUCAGUCUUCAAACACCUGAACGCGAACGCCAGGAAGUCGUCCCAAUUGAACACCGGAAGAUUUCUCUCGAUUUUGGUAAAACAAUCAGCACUCCUGAGUCGUCUCAGACCGACAGCGAUGAUGUUUCUCCCCAAAUCCAGAGACGACGUAAAACCGGCCACUCUCGUGAUAUUUUACCUAAAUUUUCAAUCUCUGUUGAAGAUGAACACAGUAGUUUAGAAACGGGGACCUCGUCGUCGGAAAAUCGCGAAUUGUCGCCUCUAGGCCGUGUCCAAUUGUCAAACAAGCAUAAAAGUCGGUCGGUUGUUAAAAGUGCGUCAACUUCAGGGUUGUCACUCAUGAUACCCUCGGAUGAAUUCCAAGCACCUACACAUAAUAUCCACUCACCUAGUGGCGGGGGUGGUUCUAGUACUGCCAGUUCACGUGAUGCUUCACCUUGUCGGGAGUUAUCUCCUCUAGUAACGAGCUUGAAACCUCCGAUUAUAAUUCGACGCGGUCCAAAAGGUUUUGGAUUUACCGUUCAUACGAUACGUGUUUAUUACGGCGAUACAGAUGUAUAUACCAUGCAUCACUUGGUUAUGGCCGUCGAUGAAGGGAGUCCGGCUUUUGAGGCCGGUUUAAGACCAGCUGAUUUAAUUACUCACAUUAAUGGUGAAACUGUACAAGGGCUUUAUCAUACUCAAGUGUUACAGUUGCUUUUGAACGGGUCUGAACAUGUCAGUUUGAGGGCUACACCGUUAGAACAAACAUCAAUUAAGACAGGUGGACGGAAAAGGGAACCUGGACAAAGCAAAUUAGCUAAGAGGAGCUUACACCGACAAAGAAAACAAAAGAGGGAUAGCGAUAAAAGACGAAAAACGUCACUAUUUCGUAAAAUCAGCAACAAAAGAGCUAGUGUUGAGAUGCAACAGAUUGCAGCAAUUCAAUCCCCGAUAAGUGUAACCCCCAGUCGUAGUUUCCAAUCAUUUCCCCGUAGUCAAGACAGUUCGUUUUCUUCGGGCCCAAUUCGUACUCCUACAACUGUAACUCGUUCAAAUCUUACUCUCUCUGAUUCAAGCUCAUCCUCACAAACGCCAUCUACAAGCUCACCAAACGUAACUCCUGCCACUAAUCGCAGCAAGCAACACUACCAGCGCCCUUCAACUCUUCACGGCUUGAAACACAAACUACAUUCAAGUGCGUGCCCUAAAGCCCUUCAUGCAGCUAGUCCUUCUUGUACUACUGCUGUACCAAAUCGGCGCAAAUCUGUGGGCCAUAUACCUUUGUCCCCGUUGGCUCGCACUCCCUCUCCUUCGCCUCUCCCAGCUUCUCCAACUCGAUCUCCAAGCCCUUUGGCUUUCCCAGUGGGUCAUCAGCCGGGAAGUUCCAACACGACUCAGUCCUAUAGCCCUAGUGCCGGUACUGCACCUAUAGCAUGCAAUCAGUCGAAAAAGGGCUUCGUUAGGCCUAAAGGCGCAGAGCCUGGAUCGCCCUUACUUCGGAGGGCUCUUUCUCCAGACCGACUGCACCCGAGAAGUGCCGAAAGCAAAUGCUCGAUUUCUCCGCUUUGCGUAUCGGGUAAUUCCCCGCCAGUUAAAGCGCAAACACGUGGGAGUACAGUGUGGCGACCGAACCCUCAACCCGAGAAAGAUAAAGAGACAGAAAGUGAAGUUACAAAUUCGCAGACUGAAGGUACCAAUACGGCAAAUAGCGAUAGUCGUUUGUCUUUGAAUCUGUCCGGACCAGGGGAAUUAUUACCGAGGAUUGCUGAAGAGAAAGACUCACCGACCAAUAACGGACAAGACGACAAAAAGUGUGAUAAAACAAGCGAAAAAAGCAAAAACGUGCAACAGAAAGAUAAGAAGGAGAAGAAAUGUGAUAAAGAAGGUUGCAAUAAAGAGGAGAAAUGUAAGAGAUGUGAUAAAACAAACGACGAAAAGAGGGAGAAGAAAUGUGAUAAGGGGGAGGGGAGUAAACCGGAAAUAAAAAAAAGUGAUAAGCCUCAGUCUAACACGAGUGGCGUUAAAGCGAAAGAUAAAUCCGUUCAAUAAUUCUAGCUUAGUAUUACGCAACUUGCCAAACAAAAAAACAUUUUGUAUAUAUUUGCUUAAUUUGAAUCGGUCAGAAAUCUCUUGUUUAUUUCGCUUCUGGUAUAUACAUUUUGUUUCACACUAAAAAAGACAACACAUAAAUAGUAUGUGUCUUAAAAAUAUACUCAUAUGUAUUUGAUAAGUGUUAGGGUGAGACCAGGUGUGAUUUUCUGUGUGUGCCGUAAAUUCAGUUGGAAUUUAUCUCAUAAAAAGUUAUGGAUCUGUAAGAUUAUUUAUUAAUAAUUGUAUAGGUGUAUAACAUAGUUCUCUGUAACUUCAUUCAUGAAUGGAUAAUAUUGCUUGGGUAUACUUUCAAGAGACAUCUAUGACUGGUGAAGGUUUUAAUUUGCUUCUUUUAAUACAUUCAAAAAACCGAAAAAUUGCCAUAUUUAACGCAGUAUGUGUCAAUUGAAUUUUUUUAAACUACGUGUUUAAUAAGUGUAAUGCACUGGCUAUACUACAUAUAUUCAUAGAAUAAUAAUUAACAUGCUAGAUGUUAGUUUUAAUUGGGAUCUCAAUUACUAAGCGAUUUUUUUCAAAUCUGUUAGCCAUAUUUUUUGUUCAUAAACUAUUCACAAAUUAGUCUAGGAUACCUGGUAAUUAAGAGAAACAAAAACGAAUUUGCAUAUAUUCUGUUGUACUUAAAUCGAAAAGAAUAUUUAUUAUUGAAAGAAACAAGUUUUCAUGCGUUAUACUACAAAGUUCUAAUAAUUUGUUAGCAUGUUAUAUUAAAGAAAUAAUAUAUUGUAUAUUGAUUUUUUAAUCUGAAAUUAAACGGCGCCUUUUUAGUUCAUUUUAA